AUGAGAAGUUGUCCGCAUUGUGGAUGUUCUGAAAUUGACGAAGAUGCGGCUAGAGGAGAUGCAACUUGUAUGGGAUGUGGAACUGUUUUGGAAGAGUCGAUUGUUGUCACCGAAAAUCAGUUUCAAGAACGAGCUGGAGGAUCAGGACAUACGCUUGUCGGUCAGUUUUCAAAAUUUAAUUCACACAAUGAAAGUCGGGAAAAAAGAGUGUCAAAAAAAAACAUUUUUAUCUAAAAAAAAUACGGAAAAAAUCCGAAUUUUAUAGAGAAAAAAAAAGUAUUUUGCCGAUUUAAAAUGUGUGAAAAAUCAAAUAAAUUUCAUGAAAUCCUCUAAUUUCAGGUCAAUUCGUAUCCGCUGAAAGAGCCGCAUCGAACAAUUUCAAUUGUAUGGGAACUCAAGAAUCUCGAGAAGUCACUUAUGCAAAAGGUCGAAAAGUUAUCGAAGAAGUUGCCAGUCAAUUGCGUAUCAAUCAACAUUGCAUGGAUACGGCUUUCAACUUUUUCAAAAUGUGUGUUGGUCGAAAUUUGACAAGAGGAAGAACUAGGUAAUGUUUUUUUUAUUUUUGUAAAUCUUCUUCAUUCAACAAUUACGUGGCAAUUCGGAUUUUGCAAAUUAAUUUUCAAAAUAAAUUCAUUUAAAACGUGAACUUUGGAUUUUUCAAUUUAUAAUUCCAAUGUUUUAUUACAGAUCAUCAGUUGUUGCUGUUUGUCUUUAUAUAACUUGUCGAUUGGAAAAUACUGCGCAUUUACUGUUGGAUUUCAGUGACAUAACACAAAUCAAUGUUUUUGAUCUUGGAAGAACCCUAAAUUAUAUCUCAAGAGCGUUAAGGAUCAAUUUACCAGCAACCGAUCCAUGUUUAUAUAUAAUUCGAUUUGCAUGCAUGUUAGAUUUAGGUGACAAACAAAAAGAUGUUGUAAAUCUUGCAACUCGUUUAGUUCAAAGAAUGAAAAGAGAUUGGAUGUCAACUGGAAGAAGACCGACUGGAAUAUGUGGAGCAGCACUUUUAAUGGCUGCACGAUCUCUUAAUUUCAAUCGAUCUGUUAAUGAUAUUGUUCGAAUUGUUCAUAUUAGUGAAAGUGUUAUAAGAAAAAGACUUGAUGAGUUUAGUAAAACCCCAUCUGGAAAUUUGACGAUCGAUGAAUUUUCGACAAUUGAUUUGGAACAUAGCGAAGAUCCACCAGCAUUUAGAGAAGCAAGAAGAAGAGCAAGAGAAGAUCAAUUGAGAAAAGAAGCAGAACAAGCUGAUAAUCUUGAAAAAGAUGUAUGUUUUAAAUUUCAAGAUGAUAAUAAAAAUAAAUAUAUUGUUCAGAUCAUUGACGUUGAAGCCGAAGUCGAAGUUGCUCUUGAAAAAAAGCGAAAAGAAAAAUUCAAAUCGGGUAUAUAUGCAAAGUUAAUCGGUGGAAAUUUAGAAGGAAUGGAACAAGAAAAAGAUGCACAAGAUAUGGUUCGAAAAGAAAUUUUGAAUACUGUUUAUACAGCAGCUGAAGAGCCUUGUAGUAGCAGUCAAUCUGAUAAUCCAAUGGAGAGAUAUCAAGAUUAUGGGCCAUCUUUGGUUAGUCUUGGAAUUCGACAAUCUCAAUCAACUUCUGAACAACAAAAUAAGGCAAAGGCAACUGCUGUUAUAGAUGAAGAAAUAUCAGAUUCAGAAAUUGAUUCGUAUAUUUUGACUGAAAAAGAAGUUGCAAUUAAAACUGAUUAUUGGAUGAAAGCAAAUGGUGAAGUUAUGAAAGCAAUUGAAGAACGGUUGGUUUUGAAUUACAAAUUCGCUGUGAAAAAAUAGUUUGCAAAUUUUGUUUUCUUUGCAUUUCGGAAUCUCAAAAAUUAAACACUGAAAGAAAAGUUUAAAUAAUAUUUUUAAAUUCUGCAAAAUCUAAAAAUUUUUGAAGACGACGAGAACGAGAGCAAAAUGGUGGAGAAGUGAAAAAGAAGAGGAGAGUAGUCAAAAGGAAUGAUACAACUGCUGGAUGCACUUCAGCACUUGAUGCUAUGGAAAAGGUUAUUCAUGUAAGUCCCAUUGAUAGUUUAAUCAAUAUUGUAUUCUUCUCUCAGUUUACCGUUUCAUUAUUUUCAGGAGAAAAAGUUGUCGAACAAGAUUAAUUAUGAUAUGCUAAAAGAUUUGGAAGCUAUUGCUCCAACUGUUUCAUCAACAGCAUCUUUCACCGCUCCACUCUCAGUUCAAGAUAGAAAAGUUCGAACGAAUGUUGUUCCGAAAUCGGAUGUUGUGAUUGAAAAAACAGAGACUCAAAGUGAAAGUUUGGCUAGAAUACGAAAUGAAUUGGUUGAUGAAUCGAAUUUGACGAAAAGUGAACGAGUAACAAGUCGGAAAAAUCUGAAAAGUUCGCAGAAAGUUGGAAGUACUAUUGAGCAAUUGAGAACUGUUUUUGAAUUGAACACGGCUGAAAGGUGAUUGAAAAAAUUUAAUUUUCAAAAAAAUAUAGUCUCACAAAAAAAAGUUCCGUUAAAAAAUCAAAGUCUUGAUUUUUCACAAAUCCCUUUUUCUCUAACAUUUGUAAUAUUUUUGAUUUUUCAGUUCUUCGCCGAGUUCAACACUUGAACAAGAUAUGCCCACACCUAAGAAAACUGAAUCACCAGUUGUGAGUUUUAAAUUUUAAAUUAUUUAUUUUUAUUUUCAAAAUUGUUUUUUUUUUCAGAAAAUGGCAAAUGUUCCAAAAACUGAAACUCCAACAGAUCAAAAAUCAAUUGCUUCAAUUCCGGCAGCCAAAUCAAGAUAUGCAAAGUUGAAACCAAAUCUUAAGAAACCAACGGUAACUAUUUUCUAUUUAUCUACGAGUCCCAUUAACCAAUAUUUCAGGUCAAGGAAUCUACAGAACCGGACGCGAAACGGGCUAAAACCUAA